UAAUUUUGUAUAUACUACGAUGCAUAAUUAGUACAAGUACUAAGUAAGUACUUUAAAAAAUCACUCUGUCUUCUCUCUGACCUUCACAUGAAGUAAUUAUAAAAUCCCAAACGCAUUUCAUCAUCUUCUUACAAAAUAGAGCAAAAAGGCAAAAUCAUAUUCAACACUUUCCAAAAAUGGAACAAAUAGAGCACAAAUAUGUUGAAGUGAACGGGCUAAAAAUUCAUGUAGCUGAAAUUGGAAGUGGAAAUUCCCCAGUUGUAGUGUUCUUGCAUGGUUUCCCUGAAAUAUGGUAUUCUUGGAGGUACCAAAUGAUAGCUGUGGCCAAAGCUGGUUACAGAGCUAUUGCACCCGAUUUCAGAGGAUACGGGUUAUCGGAUCAGCCACCCCAACCCGAGAAAACCACCUUUCUUGAUUUUACAAAUGACACCCUUGCACUUCUUGAUGCUCUUAAUAUCUCUAAGGUUUUUCUCAUCGGUAAAGACUUUGGUUCUAUUGUCAUUUCGCGUUUUGUCACUCUCUAUGAGGUGAGAGUCUCCGGAUUUGUUGUUAUGGGAGUGCCAUUUUUGCCCCCACAACCUCUCGAGUUUAAACAAGGCAUCCCUGAAGGCUUCUAUAUUUCUAGAUUUGGGGAGCCUGGGAGGGCUGAAGCCGAUUUUAGUCGCCUUGACGCUAAAACAGUAGUGAGGAAUGUAUACAUUCUUUUCUCCAGAAGUGAAUUACCAAUAGCCAAUGAAAAUCAGGAAAUUAUGGACAUUGUGCAACCUUCAACUCCUCUGCCCCCGUGGUUCUCUGAGGAAGACCUGGCUGCAUAUGGAGCUUUGUAUGAGAACUCUGGAUUCCAAACUGCUUUGCAGGUUCCUUAUAGGUCACUGCAUGAACAAGUCAACAUUACAGAUCCAACAGUUCAUGUUCCAGCACUGUUUAUUAUGGGUGAGAAGGAUUAUUUCCUUAAAUUUCCAGGAAUGCAAGAAUACAUUAGUAGUGGAGGACUGAAAUAUUCAGUACCUGAUCUGGAGAUAGCCUCUCUGCCAGAAGGAAACCAUUUUGUUCAAGAACAACUACCCGACAAGGUUAAUCAACUCGUGCUUGAAUUCCUUACUAAGAAUAGUAAGCUUCAGUAAGGCCUCGUUGUUGUUGUUGUUGCUCCGUCUACUAAGAAUAGAAGUUCGAAUAAGGCGUUGUUGUUGUUGUUCCAACUACUAAGAAUAGUAUGCUUCAGUAAGUCCUAGUUGUGUUCUACAUGUAAUAUUUUGAUGCCGUGACCCUGCAAUUCCUAUAAAAGCAUGAAGUAAAAGAAGAAAAUACCAUGUUAUGAAA